AUGCUCAUCAUUCGAAUGGCAGCAAUGGGUAUGGCUACUGUAUUCUACUUUGGAUUUCUCACAGUACAGGUUUUGUCCACUUGCCCAUGUGCUCAAUACCUAGCAAGUCCAUGCACCUGCCAGGCUGGAAUUACUCCUUACUGCACCUGCAUGAGGCCUCUCCUUCAAUAUUCCUGCCCUUGCUCACCUUUGGCUUCACCAUGUCAUACCGCUUGUCAACAUAAAUGCACAUCCAUGUGCGCUAGCAGCCAUUAUGGAUCGAACUGUCCUUCUUCUUGUAGUUUUAGCUGUCUACAGUCUUGCAUGCAUCAGCAAGCCAUUCCAAUUCACGUCAUCAUGAACAGACUGGUGGCCUCAUCGGACCAGUGUAUUCCACUUUGUCGAAAAUCUUGUGAAAAGUCCUGCACACCUAUGGUUUCCGCUGCGACGUGUGUGCCUCUUUGUAAGCAGCCUUGUGAGCAGAGGUGUUCGCAGUUUACACCUGCGUCAGUAACAAACUGCAUUCCGAUGUGCAGACCCGGCUGCUCGCCUCACUGUAUCAUGGGACAGCGACUGUUUCUCAUCCAGAGUCUGGGACAACCCGGUUUUGUUCCCACUUUGAUUGCUCCACUUCAGAUCAUAACCAAUCUGCCCGCUCUAGUCUCUGGAUCAUUUAUUCCCAAAUCAUCUAAUUCUUCUUCGACGUCUGAAAGCCAGAGCCAACAAAAUCAGAGUUCUAGUUUGGGAGUUCCAGAAGCUACUCGAAACUACUUAUCUCCAGGUGCACCUCCACAAGUAACAAUGGAAUCUACGCUAUUUCCAGGUUCGGCAGUUGAACAAACGUCUCAUUCGCAAACCACAGAAGAUCUAGAGCCUCAAGGUAAGCACAGCUUUAAUGAACAGCAUGAGUCACUCCUUGCAAGCAAUCUUCAUAUGGAUCAUCUCACUGAAUCAACAGUCGCUGAUGCAGUAGCUACUCAAUCACAAGGACCCGUUAGUAAACAGUUUUCCUCAUCAUUAGGCUCAAUUACGCGAUCCUCCACUCAUUUUACAUUCACUCCCCUGCCAAACACCAGUGUAGUAUCUACCGGGUCAUCCAGUUUCGCCAGUGCAGGACAAACACAAGUCCCCCCUUUAGAUCGUUUAUUUGAGGGAGCAGAGCAUCAAAGACCGUUCCAAAUGCAGCCAUUUAUCUUCACCAUAUCGACUCCAGCACCCGUCCAACGUUGUGUGGCUGCUUGCAUGCCAUUAUGCGACCCAAAAUGUAUUAAAGAGAAAGAGCAGUUGACUCAGCAUCCUCUUCAUGCAUCCUCAGUAACAGUAGGCAGUGGUCAAACGCGAGGAUACGAAUACGAGUUGGGGCAAAGUUCCGUAGCUGGUAGAAAGACUGACGUGCACAGAUUUCAUGCUACCUCUUUGAAUAACGCUACUGCAGGACUUGCUCAAUAG